AUGAAAGGUUGGCUGCAACCAUGCAGCACAGAUACCAGCAAAGCAUACUGCAAAUACUGCAAAUCUUUUGUGAACGCCAAGCUCGGUGAUAUCAAGAAGCAUUCUAAAAGUUUAAAGCACAAUAAAGCAGCCGAGAAGCCCUCUUCAUGUCCAAGGCAGCAGAAAUUGAACUUAACACAUAACAAUAAUAAAGUUGUUACCACUCAGCAAAGGAAAGAAGAUGAUUUUGAAAGUCACUUAGACCCUAAUCCUUACUUGGGAUUCGCCUUUGAAAAGUCUUGUAAUGACUGCCAUUUAGAUCAACAAAGUAAAGAAAUGAUAAAGGGUCGUUGUAUUUCGUUUUUAAUUGAACUGGCCAAACAGCUGAAACAAAGGCUUCCUGACAAUAUAACAAUUUUAAACAAAAUGCAGUAUUUCUCAGUGACUGAAUGCUUAAAACCAAAUGAAAUACCAAUCACAGACAUAGCCACUCAGUUUUAUGAUGUUGCCCAGACAGUAUCAAGAAUUGAAAAUUUGAUAAACUGGGCCGAAACACAAAGUACAGAGCAGUUUUGGAUAGAAAUUCUGAUCGUGAUUAAGGAUAUCGUUUCUGACUAUUUUGAACCAGCAUUCUACAUUGGAAUUACUAAACCUAGUGAUAGCACUAAUUUUUGA